AUACAAGCUUAAAGAUGACUACAAUAUUCCGAAAACUUUUAAUAUUGUGUUUUUCGUCUCAUAUUAUUAUCAGUGGAGCGCGAAAUCCCGACGCUACCGGAAAUGGAUGCUCCGACGUGCUUCAAAACUUGUAUAUAAGUGGUCUACCAGAUAUUGAACACUGGCAUUACAAGGAACUUAGCGACGGCGACGUACAUUGCAAUGGAACAUUGAAAUACAGUUCACCACUACCUCUAAAAUUGGGAUGCCAUAGAAGAACACAAAACUUCUUGUACAAUGAAAUGUAUAUUGAACAAACGUUAAAAAGGACUGGAGAAUUUUCCGGAGGGGUCGCCUACAGUAGAGAUAGCGACAUUUUCUUAAAUGGUAUAAUAAAUCCCAAAUUUAAAGAUGAGUCGGCGAUUACAUGCCAAACUAAAUUUCCGAAUUACACUUAUAUGUCUGUCUUCGUGCAAUUCCAAUAUGAACCAAUCAACACAUUGCCAG